UGCUUUGACAGCUCGAAUUAAUUGAAAAUACAGAUGUCUUUACAAAAGCAUACCCAUCGGACGUUCACUUUUGGCCGCAUGGCGUGGUGCCAAUACCCCGAUAUGCUCAGCAUUGACGAACAAAUGUCAGAAAACAAAACUUACAACAUUCUGUCAUCAAAUGCACCAAUCGGCGCAAAUAACAACAACGGAAAUUACAUUUCCAAGUUUUAUGUUCACUUCAUCAUCGCCGAAAAUUGGUUGCAGGACUGCAACUAUCAGUGACAAGAAGGAAAUAAUCGACUUUUUGUGCAAAAUGUUUUUGUCUCGGGAACCUCUCAUGAGGCUUAAGGCGACGGAAGCAGAUGCUCGGCCAUUUGUGGAAUAUCAUGUAAAGGAUGCACUAAAGAAUAAUGCUUCAUUUGUUGCCGUGGAUGAAAUGGGAUCAAUUUGUGGAAUUCGUCUCAAUGCUGUUGGGCCAGCGACUGAGGAAGACAAACCAAAAGACUUCGGAGUCAAAAUGAAUAUUUUAGAAAAGUUUCUGGAGCAUGUGGAGGGCAACAUCACUGAGCGUUUGCAAACGCCACGAUUCAUGAGACACAUCGCUAUUUGCGUGAAUCCUGACAUCGUUCGAAGUGGCGUCGGAACUAUGAUGAUGCAGAAAUCUGUUGACUAUGCACGAAACCACGGCUUACGCUAUAUGGUAGCAACGUGUUCCGGUCAGGUUGCCACAAAACUUGCAUUGAAAAUGGGAUUCAGAGUUGUUCGACAAGUGCUGUAUGAAAAAUAUUCAGACUCUGAUAUGUAUUUCUCCUGCUUUCCGGAUGACUGCUUAGUGAAACCAGCAAGUUUCAAGCCUUUCGUUUCAGUAGCUCCGCAACAUUAUUCUGCAAAAUUACUUAUAAAAAACGUUUUAUAAUUUAUUUUUAUCUUUCACGCACAUUGUAUAUUAUACAUAUAUAUAUGUUAGUAUGCAAAAUCUUGCAAUUUGAUUAUAUGUGAAGCUCGUUUUAUUGUUUUGUCUAAUUUAUUAUACAUAUUUUAUUUAUAUAUAUAUAAAAAUUGUUUGUAGUUUCAAUAUAUAUACCUCAUUGUUCAGAUUGCUCAGUCAUAAAUUUAUUUUAACACUCACUUUUAUGAACUCGUUCAUUUAAAAUGUCGAUUUUAUUUUAUUUCGCAUCUUAUACGAUAAAAAUUGAAAAUGCCAAUUUUGUUUUCAGCAAAACCUGAACAGUGGAUCCAAUAUUUCUUGUUUUACUACGUGAAUAAUUUUGUUUUGAUUUGUUUUCAAACCCGAUUUUAUCAUCCUAAAUCGUGGUUAUAAAAUGUCAAUUUGCGUUUCGAAAGCAAGUCCACGUCACGCUAACCGAAAACAUUUCAGAUUACGAGUCACCGGAAGACUCUUGACCUGGAAUAGUUGUUGGUGGACAUUUUAUUCUUGAAAUAAUUGUUUCCGCCAAAACAAUGCCUUUGCGUGCAACAGUAUUCGUUUAUUUGUUGGUGAUUUUCUUACUAUUCGGUUAUGAAAUUUAUAGUAUUUAUCAUUUUUAUAUUUAUUUAAACUUUUAUGCAAAAUAAAA